ACCACUCGUCGUUUCGUCGUCACUUCGCCAUUAUUGUGUGCGUGUAGAACAACGCGCAGUUAGUCCAUCCUCUAGCAGCUAGCAGCAGCAGAGCGAAUAUCGCGUUUUUUCCUUUCGUUUUCCUUUGUACCUCCGCUGCUCGUUUCGUGUGUGAUUUUUCUACAGCUCAAUACGCGGAGCGGAGACUCUGGACUGCGAAUCAAGAAGUAGUUAGCCACCAUCAUCAGCAAAUAAAAUUAAGGCAGGCGAUCAAAAAAAAUCAUUCCGCAAGCAACGGAGUAUAACCUGGAAAUCGAAGGAACGGAAUUUCACCUGGGCAAGGAGGAGGAUUCGCGAUUCCGACCUAGUUGUGUCUAGUGGAAAGUUUCUGGGGAUUGUGUCGUGUUACUCAAGAAGAACAGCAGGAGGAGGUGGCGAGAAAGAUUUGCUGCUCGAAUUGGAUAUUAGUAUACAAAAAUAGCCGUAACUCGGUUCGGCGUGGAAAAUGGAUUGUCCCCACAUAGGUGAUAAUGUAGCCCUCCGGAAGGACGCAGUCCGAAACCUGAAGAUGGCCGUUUGUGUACCUCCGAGUGCGGCGACGGUUCCACCAGAAACAGGAACACCUCCAGCAACUUCUCCAGUGGCAAUUUCGAAAUUGUGGAAAUGUGCAGAAUGUUCCGGCAAAGACAACUGGAUGUGUCUGCAGUGUGGAUCAGUGCGAUGUGGGCGAUACGAAAGCGGGCACGCUUUAAAGCACUCUGCGAAACAGAAUCACAACAUUUGCAUCAACACAGUCAAUUUGUCGGUUUACUGCUACAAAUGCGAUGAAUUCGUUGUGAAUGACACACCGGAAAACACGCUAGAGGAGAUUCGUCAGGAGCUGAAGGACGGCGAUGGCGACACCGUAUCGGAGACUUCAUCCACGAUGGAGGAGAUCAGUUCGUCCAAGUCGGGCCAGGAAACGGCCAGCAGCACUUCGUCGUCCAGUGAUUCCGGUUGGGAGGAGCCUUCGACGGUUUCGUCAGUAUCGUCCUCCACCACCACCAGCAACAGCAGUUCUGUGUCGUCGUCGAGUGUCCGAAAGUUGCGACCCCGCAAGCGAACGAUCUCCAGCGACAGUAACAACGAAAACGGCACGGCCGGUGCUGGUGGAGGCGGAACAGCCAAGCGAAAGUCGAUGCGACGAGUCGUGGGUCUGCGGAAUCUGGGGAACACAUGUUUCAUGAAUUCAGUAUUACAGUCGCUGAGUAACAUCCAGGAGUUUAGUGGAUACUUCAACACAAUGCCCUCGCUGGAGACGGGCAAACACAAACACAAGGCGUACCAGUCGCGCAGUAUGAAAGAGAACCUAGACGACGUAUUCGUGGUGGAGGAGCUGCGGAAGGUUCUAUUGAAUCUCAGUCAGGGUGGGGAUGGCUCGAAGGGAGCAAUCUCGCCAGAAUGCUUAUUCCUGGUGAUCUGGAAGGUAGUGCCCCAGUUCCGGGGCCAUCGUCAGCAUGAUGCACACGAGUUUCUGCGCUAUAUGCUGGAUCGAUUACAUACCGAGCUACAGCAGGUAUCAUUCCCAGUAGAGAUAUCCAGCCCAUCGGCGCAGAAGGCUAGUGAAACGAAAAGUAAUCCUUACAAUAUUCCGGCACUCAGUCACUUGCAGUCCAAGGGGCGAAACUCUAUCGUGACCAAUGUUUUCGGUGGUAUACUACAGAGUGAAGUCCGAUGCCUAAUCUGUGGCAUGGAAAGCAAAAAGCACGAUCCUUUCCUGGAUUUAUCGCUGGACAUUCCAGAGAAGUUUUACAACAAAGAUCCCCCGGAGAGUGGGGAAAAGGACAAGGAGGGGAACCCCCCGGUGUGCAACAUUUCCGACUGUUUAGCCAGUUUCACAGAAGUGGAGGAACUCACAGAAACAGAGUUGUACUACUGCAGUUCGUGUAAGUGCAAGCAAAAGUCCACCAAACGUUUUUGGAUCCGCCGAUUGCCCAACGUGUUAUGUUUGCACAUUAAACGCUUCAGAUGGAAUAACUUCUACAGAACCAAAAUUGAUUUGCGAAUAUCGUUUCCGAUCAAUGCACUGGAUAUGUCGCAGUUCGUACUAAACAAUGGUCCGGAAACGAGACGCUCGAAUUCCAGCUGUAACAUUUACGACCUGGCGGCCGUUAUUGUGCAUCAUGGAAACGGUUCCAGCUGCGGUCACUACACCUCGUACGCGAUCAACAAUGGAGUGUGGAUGCACUUCAACGAUCACUCGGUGAAAGAGGUCAGCAGCAGCGCAGUGGCCGAGUGCAAACCGUACAUUCUGUUCUACAUCAAACGGGAUCCAACCAACACCAGCCGGCUGCUGACAACGCCUUCGACGACGACAUGUGGGGCACCGACGGCGACCGCGUCUUGAGAUUAAGUUAUUCUUCUUUUAAGACUGAUUAAUAUAGAAAGAAAAAGCGCAUAGCAAAAGGAAAACCAACAUAAUUGAGAAGCAUGCCUGGAUGCCACGAUAACAUCUAAACAUCAAUGAGUUGGGUUGGCAGAGAAUGUUCUCACCAUGUUGCAUGUCUGGUCUGCAGAAUUCUGGUUCCAAUUCGAAUUGUGGGGUUCCCUGUUUUCUGUCCGAAAACUGAAACGAAUAAAAAUCGCCAAACAAAGCCGAGAAAAGUAAAGAUGGUCAUAUUACUAGCAAAAAUUUUAGCCAACAAAACCGCAAAUGUCAAUGCAGAUGUUCAAAUCUAGUAGUAAAUUACCAAAACUGAUGGAAUGCCCUACCGAAUCAUUUCUUGGUUUUUGGCCCAUCGUUGGCUUGGUUUUCGUUGGACCGCCAAUACGUUAGUCUCCACCACCCCACGCACCCAAACAGAAUUUUAAAUUGUGAUAGUUUGAAGCAUUUUAGCAUCCUACUUACUCGUUUCCAAAGCACAGGCCACCCAUCCAAGUUGGUGAUCGAGUGUUCAGCGUAUGUGUUUCCUUUUCAUGCCCCUGCUGUAGAAAUUGUGAUUACGAGAGGAAACUUUUCGUCAGAUUCCAGAGUUUUUUUUUCUUUCAUUUAAAAUAGUUUCUUUUUUGCAUCAAUCUAGAGAUUCUCAAAGAGGCCGCUGCGUUUUUGUGAUUUUUUUUUAAAUAUCUAGCUUUAGAUUAUGUGUACUAUUUUGUCUUUAUUUUAGAUAGUGUUCCCAAUUCCCAGUCCAGUUUGCAACUUUUAUUAUUGCUGGCUCAAUGCAAUGUUAAUUUUAUGCUGUGAACAAAUUGAGAAUGAAAACUGUGUCCUAGCGAUGUCUUUAUUUUGAAAUAAAUUCCGCAAAAAAUAAUCCAA